AUGUUUUGGCCAGGUAUACAAGCGGCCAUUCGAGAAACAUGUCAAGCUUGUCGCACUUGCGCGCAGAAUUUGACUCAAAGACCCGCAGAACCAAUGCAGUCUCACGUGGUACUGUGGAGUAAAGUAAGCGUUGAUCUAUUCAGCUUCGAUGGAAAACAAUAUCUUGUCACUGUAGAUCAUUACAGUGAUUUUUUUACCGGAAAUUUAGUAACGGAAAUUGCGAGGCAUUAUUCCAACAAUUUCUUCCCAACUAAAACUAAGACAUAUUCCGUACGACGUUGCGGUUGAUGAUAUUGCAAGAAGAAGUGUCAGGUCCAAAUUGUAUUACGACCGUAAUAUAACAACGCCAUUGAAAGAAUUUUCACGAGAUGAAAAUUAUUCGUGAAGCCGAAUCCCAGUAAUAAGCAUAAACCUUGGAUGUUUGGGGAAGUGAUUGACAAACCAUCUCCACGAUUAUGCGUUGUACAAACCGUGAAGGGUCAAAUCCGUCGGAAGCAUAGACAGAUAAGAGGAGCUAUGGUGGAACCAGAACCAAUGAAUCAAUCGGAAACAGCUAUCCAUGAGGACGAAGUAAUUGAGCCAUUUGUCUCAAGAAAGACGACUCCGGAAUUGAUAUCCCAACCUCACAUACAUAUGGAAUUACCGAGCUCAGACCCUGUGCAGCAAUUCCCAAGAAACAAUGAUUAAUCAAAACAGAGCCAAUGAAUCAAUCGGAAACACCUAUCCACCAUGACGAAGUAAUUGACCCAUUUAUCGCAAGGAAAACGACUCCGGGAUUGAUAUCCCAAUUUCACGUACAGAUGGAAUUACCGAGCUCAGACGCUGUGCAGCACUCCCCAAGAUCAGAAGCACCAAUUGUUUAGACGGAGGGAGAAGGAGCUGUAAAUCUACGUCGCUCAAGAAUGACUCGAAAAAUGCUAGCUAAGUUCAAGGACUUUAUAGCCUAAUUAUAAAGACAAUCAAUCAUUAACAUUUAUUCUCUUUAAUUUAAUAUUUAUGUCAAUGAGAGGACUUACCAACAUUAUGUUUUCGUAUAGAAAAGAGGUUUUGUUGGUUCUAGUUGAUCCGUAUAUGCUAGUUAUGUUUAUAAGUUAGGUUAUGUUAAUUACGAUAUGUGUAUAAAAACUUUGUAAGACUAUACUUCAAGUUGUUAUUAAAAUGAUGCAUGUGUACCAGUCUCGGUGAAUAUUCAGCGGUAAUAUAUUUAGUGGUAAAUAUUUAGCAGUGUCACAGGCAUAUUGACCUGUUUGAAUUUCUCACAUCGCACCGAAAGCAACCAUAAAAAUUGUUCACGAUUUUAAAUGUUCCUUUAUCAAUAAUAUACUGUAGCCUUUUAUCUAUUCGGCCUUAAGGGUACAUGUCAGUAAGAUUACCGUCAUAAAUGACGAGUGUAUGUCGACACAACAAUUGCACAGUUUGAACCUUAAUCCGAUUUAUUUAUUCGUCCUUUUUAAAAAAUAGUUACUCAUGUAUUAUUGACUUUCUUUAGGGAACAAUAAACAUGAAUAUAUCUUCUAUUCCAACGCAACACACAUUUCCUAUGUUUCUGUUGAUGGUGGCGAAUCUACGGCUGUUCUAUCGGCACAAAGUGCAAAUCUAGGUUACGACGAGCAAAACUACCGCCUCUGGUAUUUUGGUACGGUGGAAGCUACUCUCUACAACGCAAACUUAGAUGCUAGCGGUUUGGAAACUGUGUCCGUUCCAUCAACCUUUGGUCAAUUUACAGUUGAUGGCGUGAAUCAAAAUAUCUACUACCUGAACGAGAACGACGACACCGUUAAAUCAAUUGAUUACAGUGGAAAACACUUUCCAGAGAUUGCUGCAUUACAGGGCGGCAAUGAAUUUCAGGACAUACAAAUUGACCCCUAUAGCAGGUAG